AUGGUUGAUUCUAUAUGUGGAGGAAUUUUUAUGGAGAAAGCUCCUGAUGAGAUUUACAGUCUUUAUGAGAAUUUAAGUGAAAAUUCUAGAGAUCAAGCCUCUUUUGAAUUAUAUGAUAGGGAUAAGAAGAGAGGAAUAUAUGAAUUGCAUCAUGAUGAUGAUUCUAAACUUAGAAAUAAGGUUAAUCAGAUUAAUCAAAGAUUAGAAAAAAUGGAUUUACUUAUUGACAAUAUUAUAAAGUCUUUUAACCCUCAACUUAAUUCGAAUAGUACAUGUCCUAUGUAUGGUGAAAAUGAUUAUUCUGAAUUUCAAUGUUAUAAUUUAGAUCAAUCAUUUCACCCUAUGCAAGAACAAGUGCAAGUAGUUCACAAUUUUAAUUGAAAUAGAGAACCUUUUUCAAAUUCUUAUAAUCCUAAUUAGAGGAAUAAUUUUUCAUGGAGAGACCCAAAUAAUAUUCAAAAUCUAGAAGCACUUAGACCCAAUUCAAAUUCUAAAUUUCAUUCAAAACAAGAAAACAAAUUUUAGAAAAAUCAACCCUCUCAAACCCAACCUGAUACUAUGGAAAUGAUGCAGCAAAUGAGCCAAAUAAUGCAACAAACUAUGAAUCAAAUGAUGCAGCACCAGAAACAAAUUAUAAAGGUCCUUAGGAAUAAGAGAGAAGAGGGACAGCUACCUAGUCAGCCCAUAGAAAAUCCAGGAAACCACCCAACAAUAGGAUUUCAGCAAAGGGAGUCUAGUAGCAUGAAUCUAGGAAAAAACCCACAAAAUGAAAAUGUUAGGACAGUGAAUGCAUUAAGGAGUGGUAAGAUCUUACCUGAUCCUUAUCCCCAAACAUUAGAAGAAAAAGAAAACGUGGACAACCCAAAACAAAAUCAAAUAAGAGUACAAUAG